AUGGCCGUAUAAUAAGUUAAAAAAGUUAUGUAGGUUCUGCAAAUGUUCUGUGUCUGUCACAAAGUUGACAUUAAGGGUCUGUAAACAUAACCUAAAUUAGAAAUUAGCACUUUUAGUUGCGAUUGCCAAGAAUUUAAUGAUAAUUGUCAGUGAAAAAGCUAAUAAUUAUCGUGAGAGUGAGGAAUUAACGUGCUUGGAGCAUUAGUUUAAUUCCGCACUAAGAUCUUGGUCAAGAUUGUUCAGUAAAAUGGCAAAGUUGGAAUUAUUGCAAUCGCUUAGCGGGCACAAGGGUAUAGUUUGGAAUGUAUCGUGGCACCCCCUUGGCAAAAUAUUUGCUUCUUGUGGAGAAGAUAAAAUUAUCAAACUAUGGGGGAAGGAAGGUGAAAGUUGGUCAACUAAAACUGUAUUAGUGGAUGGUCAUCAGCGCACUAUUAGAGAAGUUUCAUGGUCACCUUGUGGAAAUUUCAUAGCAUCAGCUAGUUUUGACGGAACUACGGCUGUGUGGGACAAAAAAAGUGGUCAGUUCGAAUGCAAUGCCACCCUAGAAGGACAUGAGAAUGAAGUAAAGAGCGUUGCUUGGUCACCUUCUGGUCAACUUUUAGCUACAUGUGGUAGAGAUAAAUCUGUGUGGGUAUGGGAAGUUGCUGGUGAAGAUGAGUAUGUCUGUGAGGCAGUCCUGAAUGUACAUAAUCAAGAUGUGAAGAAAGUUGCAUGGCAUCCAUCCUCAGACAUUUUAGCUUCAGCUUCAUAUGAUAAUACUGUGAAAAUGUAUAAGGAAGAUCAAUCGGACAAUGAUUGGACCUGUGUAGCAACAUUGCAGUCGCAUGAAUCUACAGUGUGGAGCUUGACAUUUGAUAAGUCUGGUAAAAGAUUGGCAACUUGCAGUGAUGAUAGAACAGUCAAAAUUUGGCAAGAAUUUGGUCCAGACAAUCAGGAGGGUGUCAAUCUUGAGGAUAGGGAAUCAAUUUGGAAAUGUGUUUGUACUCUGUCAGGAUACCACACAAGAUGCAUUUAUGAUAUCACUUGGUGUACUUCAACUGGACUAAUUGCCACAGCUUGCGGUGAUGAUAUCAUAAGAGUUUUUAAAGAAACUGAUGACUCUGACCCUAAUGCACCUACUUUUGACCUAAUACACACAAAACUUAAUGCACACUCUCAAGAUGUGAACUGUGUUAAAUGGAACCCAUCAGGGAAUCAAGAACUUGUGUCAUGCAGUGAUAAUGGAGAAGUUAAAAUAUGGAAAUUUACUGAACAAUAAUGAUUAAGAAUAUUUUAUUGAUUCUACAUGUUAUUAAAU